CAAAAGCAUUAACCGCGGAUACGUUACUGCAUAAUUAAUUUUGUUACAUUCCAGAAUCGGCCAGCAAUGUUGAAAUUUCUCGGUCUGAUUGUGAUAGGAGGAAACGAUUCCUUCGUAUUUGACAGCAAAGGAGAAUGGCGUAAUCCGAAAAAAAUACACAAAGAGGGCAUCCUCGAAGCCUUUAUUUUGUUAGCAACGUUCGAAAAAAAGUUGACUAGAAAUAUUUUUUUCAAACUUGCCCAACUUUAAGGUAAUUUUAAAUUAUUUUUUCAAAAAUUAUGUAUCAUGAAAAUGAGUAACGAACAUCAAGAAUAUUUUUUUGGCAAUGUAAAUCUAAAUAUUCAACAAUUUGAAAAUUUGAGUUGUGUUUAUUAGAUAAUUUGUGUUAUAAAAUGGGACCUAGCUUUGCAUGAGGAAUUCGAUCUAAUGAUAUUCAAAAUACCUGACAUAAUUUAAUCAGCUAAAAUAAAUUCGCGGAAACCGGAGAAAACCGGAAACCGUAAUCAUGCAUAAUCCCUGUGGCAGACAGUAUACAUGCCGGACGUCGAUGCCAGAUAAGAACUAAUCUAUAUACACAUCUAUUGGAUGUCGUCACGAUUAUAAGCACGUAUUUGUGCAAGAAACAAGAGUGAUGAAUGCAAAAUUAAUAUUUGCAAAGUUUUGCACAUCUCGUAGCCGAGUACAUUAACAGGAUUUAUCGAUAACUUGGUUUGAUUCAACAUAACAUAACGUCACAAAAAGUUGCUCUCGUCACACAUUUUCAACCUACCAUGCACAAUUUCAUGGUAACGGAACACCCAGGUGGUACAAAAAUUUUCACCAAUUAUCAAAAAUGUAGUACUACUUUUUUGAAAGAGUGUUAAUUUUUUUAAAAGUUACACAACUAAAUUAACUUUGUACUGUAUUUGAGGAUAGUGUUAUCUAUGUAUGCAUUACUACUAAUUCGUGCAUGGAAAAUCAUAGAUAGACUACCGACCGAUGUAUGACAUAGGUCAUCUUCACUCCAAAAGUAUGCUUAAUCCGAGAAGUAAGAAUACGUCAGAAGGGGUAACGCAUAAAGGAUGUCAUCCAAUUAACCAUGUGACCUCAUAUCUUUUCAACCCAAUAAAAUAUUAUACUCGCUUUCUUCCUGAUCUGAACAAAGUUCUUGGAAAAUAAAUCUAAUUCUUUAUGCAUGUUUCAUCUUGAACUUAUGUAAAUCUUAAUCAAUUUAAUUUUGGGCAAAUCAAAGACAUAAUCCAGAUUUCGCAAUAUUCCUAUACUUCUUCUCCGCAUUUGGGAUGAUCUUGAGCAUUCACUUACAUGCAUACUACACUCUUCACCUUGAAUAAUCAUAUGCACAAAAAUUACACCGUAUUUACAUAAAUAGUGUCUAAGUUUCUGAAUAAAUCAUUUCGAAAUGAAUAAUAAAAUAUUACUUGUGCUAUUUCUCAUCGCCGGAGCUUCACUUUCAGUCACAUCGCACUCUAACCGACCUUAACCCCACUUUUGAGUUGAGUUUCUGUUCGCUUGCCCCAGAGCUCGCUUAUCAGGAGGUAAGCGAAAAACGAAGCGAAAUUUUAAGCGACGAUUUUUUCGUGUCUGAGAUUGGCGACCGAGCGGGCAAGUCAUCCGACUCUGUGGAACUACUACGGCGGGCGGAGUCUGUAAAAAUGCCUGUGGUUCGGGCGAGGUCGUAAUUUCUUCGCCGUACUGCGGAUACUGGUUGACCUGUUGUGGAACCGCGCCCACCACAACGACGGCGCGAACUACAAGCUCCACUCCGACGACGACGGAUGAGAGUGGCAUUAUAGUUUAAAAAAUUGAACUUUGCUUGAUUUUAGGGUUCGAUUAAAAUAACAAAAUUUGUGAGUUUCGACAAUUUUUAAUCUUUACGUACUGAAUAAAUCUGCCUUAAUUAAGCUAAAUUUUGAGAUAUUAACCAUUUAAAGAGGACAAGUAAAAAUCACGAUGUCCAUAAUUCGUGUCACCAGGCGACAGUAGAAUUACCUUAAUUCGCGAGGGAACAUUAUCUCUAAGGGAUCAUUAUUCUUAACCAAAAAUGCCUGUCAAAUAUCUUAAUUCGUGACAACUUUCUCGCAAAAUUUGUUGACUUUAAUCAAAAUAUUACAGCGAAUUUCAACAUACAAGACAAAAAAUUUGGCGACAAAAAUGACCAAAAAAAAGAACAUAGGAACAAAUUACCCAUCAUAAAGUAUAACAAAAUCAAUAAUCUUGAAUGGUGUGAUAAUUAUUGUCGAAAGUGGUGGGACAAAGUGCAACGCCACAAGUUUCACAAUGAAAUGCAGUAUAUGACUUGACGCCGUGCUUGGUACACACAUGACACCUUCUCGAACCAAUAUGGAAAAUGGAAAAUAUGGUAGCCGUUAAAACGGUCGAUUAUUAAGGGGUGAAACCCCUUUAUCAGAUUGAUAUGUCCGUCCGCGCGAUAACUUAAGAACGUUUUAACAUAUUGAUUUGAAAUUUGGAACAUAAAUACCUUGUGUAAAAAGAAAGGUCAAGUUCGAAUAUGGGAAAUGUAGAUCACACCCUUCAAGGUCAAAAGGUCAACAAGACGGUAGACCUGAUACGUAUGUCAAUUUUAACUGAUGUUCUACCCCGAAUUCAAUGGAAAAAUGUGAAUUUAAAUUGAAAAAAUCAAUUUAAAUUGAGUUUACAAUUUAACAAUUUAACCCGAUUAGCCGACCCGAUUCGGAAAAUCUUGCCCACCUUGGAAGAUUGGGAGACCGGGUUUAUUUACUGUUUCUAGGUUGACUUUACUCAAAUUCAUGCGAAGCAUUAGAGAAGUUUGGGUCGAAGCUGAUAUGCAUUUGGUUUAGGUUUGGCUUCAACAUUUUUCGAAGCCAACCCAAAACAGAUUGUCUUGGACAAAACAGAUUUGGUCACAAGCUGAAUUGACAUCAGCUUAGCCAGCCCGCAAAAUUUAAACUUUGUUGACAUAAGAAAUCUGGACUUGUAUCUCGCUUUUUGGUGACAUUACAUUACUUAAAUUAUGGAAAUACUUAUAAGAAGCCGAAGUAUUUUUGAAUACAGCUACGUUAAAUUACUUCUUCUGUACUAUCAGAAAAAAAAGAAAACUGUAAAGCAGUUGCGAUUUUCGUGGUUAUUAACUCCAGACGCAAAGUACAAACUCUGGUUUCGUUUUGAAAAACACGAUUUUCCGCGUUUGAUUCAAGCCCUGGGCCUUCCUUCUUGCUUCAAAUGCCUUAAUGGAUUGCGAGUUAGCACAGACGAAGCACUUCAUAUUCUUCUCCGAAGACUGGCAUAUCCUAAUCGCUUAUCGGAUUUGGAAGACAUUUUUCGGCGCCCGCCCUCAGAGCUAUCUGCAAUUAUAAAUAGUAUGCUGAACAUGCUGUAUGACAAGUUUCAACACUUACUGACAAACAUCGACCACCCAUGGAUUGAUCUUGACGGUUUCAGCUUAGCAAUUCAUCAACAAGGCGCACCAUUAAUGAAUUGUGUUGGUUUUGUUGAUGGAACUUUACGACCUAUGUGCCGCCCAGGACGAGAUCAACGUGAGCUGUAUAGUGGUCACAAAAGAAUACACGGAAUUAAGUUUCAAUCCGUCGUCUUCCCUAAUGGAAUUAUCGGCAACCUCAGAGGACCCUAUCCUGGUCGUCGUCACGACUGCUACAUGCUCAGCGACACAGGGCUUCUGCCACAACUAGAACGCAUGAUGCCACAAUACUGCCUAUAUGGUGACCCAGCGUACCCUCUACGAUCAACUUUGAUCAGUCCUUACAAAGGAGCUCAUUUAUGCCCUGGGCAGCAAUCCUUCAACACCGCUAUGAGUACCGUUCGGCAAUGUGUUGAAUGGGAAUUCGGGAAAACAAUUUCGCUUUUUGCAUUUUUGGAUUACCGUAAAAAUAUGAAACUAUAUCUACAACCUGUUGGAAAAUUGUAUCUUGUCGGUGUGCUGCUUAAGAAUUGUCACGCAUGUAUAUAUGGAUCACAGACAUCACAAUAUUUUCAAUUACAGCCGCCAAGUUUAGAGACAUAUUUAUACGUACAAGUUUAGAUGUGUAAUAAAGCUCAUUAAUACAAAA